GUGUAGUGGAGGAAAGGCAAAGGGGAGCGGGGUAAAUGAAAACAGUUUUACCUGUUUUUGUGGGAUUUAGCUGCCUGUAAAAUUGCCGACGCCACUAAAAGCAAUGUUCCGGAGACAAUUUUGAUACAUUGUUCAGGUAACCUUUGAGAAGAGACUCCCUGCCCUGGCCCAAAGAGAGGAGACUGCGGGCUUCGCAGUGGCUGCUCUCCUUCUGAGACGCCGGCUAGACGGACCAGCUCCCCUUGGGCCAGCAUGUCCGAUGUGAUGAUUGUGAAGGAGGGAUGGCUCCACAAACGAGGAGAGUACAUUAAAACGUGGAGGCCAAGGUAUUUCUUACUGAAGAAUGAUGGUACAUUUAUUGGGUAUAAGGAGCGGCCCCAGGAUUUGGACCAGCUGGAGACUCCACUCAAUAACUUCUCCGUAGCACAGUGUCAGUUGAUGAAGACAGAGAGGCCCAAGCCCAACACAUUCAUCAUCCGCUGCCUGCAGUGGACCACUGUCAUUGAGCGCACCUUCCACGUGGAGACUCCAGAGGAACGGGAGGAAUGGACCAAAGCCAUCCAGGCCGUGGCCGACAGUCUGCAGAAACAAGAAGAGGAGCUGAUGGACUCCUCCCCCGACCCCAUGGACAUGGAGAUGUACCUGACCAAACCUCGGCACAAAGUGACUAUGCAUGACUUUGAAUACCUCAAACUCCUUGGGAAAGGCACUUUUGGCAAAGUCAUUCUGGUGAAGGAGAAGGCCACAGGGAAAUACUACGCCAUGAAGAUCCUGAAGAAGGAAGUGAUAGUAGCAAAAGAUGAAGUGGCUCACACACUCACAGAAAACCGCGUGCUCCAGAAUUCUAAGCAUCCCUUCUUAACGGCGCUGAAGUACUCUUUCCAAACACACGACCGCUUGUGCUUUGUCAUGGAGUACGCGAACGGAGGAGAGCUUUUCUUCCAUUUGUCACGAGACCGGGUCUUCUCGGAGGAGCGGGCGCGCUUCUAUGGGGCGGAGAUUGUAUCUGCGCUGGACUACCUGCACUCUGAGAGGAACGUGGUCUACCGGGACUUAAAGCUGGAGAAUCUGAUGCUGGACAAAGAUGGCCACAUAAAGAUCACAGACUUUGGGCUUUGCAAAGAAGGCAUAACGGAUGGGGCCACCAUGAAGACCUUCUGUGGCACUCCAGAGUAUCUGGCUCCUGAGGUUCUGGAGGAUAACGAUUAUGGGCGUGCCGUGGACUGGUGGGGUCUGGGCGUGGUCAUGUAUGAGAUGAUGUGUGGCCGCCUUCCCUUCUACAACCAGGACCAUGAGCGCCUUUUCGAGCUCAUCCUCAUGGAGGACAUCCGCUUCCCGCGGACACUUGCCCCUGAUGCCAAGUCACUCCUCUCUGGCCUCCUCAAGAAGGACCCCAAGCAGAGGUUAGGGGGUGGGCCUGAUGAUGCAAAAGAAAUAAUGAAGCACAAGUUUUUUGCUGGAAUCGUAUGGCAAGAUGUUUACGAAAAAAAGCUGAUUCCUCCUUUUAAGCCCCAGGUUACCUCAGAGACAGACACAAGGUAUUUUGACGAGGAGUUCACCGCGCAAACCAUCACGAUCACACCGCCUGGAGAAGAUGAAAAUAUGGAGCCAUUUGACAGUGAGAGAAGACCCCACUUCCCUAAGUUCUCCUAUUCUGCCAGUGGAACCUGCUAGAAGACCUUUUGCCAUUCCUGCCUCUGCGCCACUGAUUCCAGUGCCCCAUAGUGGGAGCUUUGGGUAGCCGUUGCUCUUUUGCACCACUGACCUAGGACAUCCUUCCCCCUGCCAUCACCUGAACUUCAUAACCAUCAUAGAGAAGCUGAAAAAAAUUACACCAUAUGAGCAUACAAGGGCAGCCUUUGCCUACUGGACUGCACACACUCAAGACUGUGGGCUUUUCCACCUUUUUUGGUUUGCCUUAUAUAUCACAUUCUGUCAUGGCACAGGCAUUUCUGUCUGUGGCUCUAGCCAGUUCAUUUCAUAAUACUGUAAAAGGAAAGAACAAACCUUGGAGCAACUGUUUGUUGCUUCUGUGGCCUUUCAUUGUUUUUUUCUGAGGAUGUGAGAGGGAACACUACACCACAUUCUGUCAAAAAAGAAAACAGUUAAUAUCAUGUCAACUUUUAUGGCAUUUCCUAAUUCCAAUCAGGUAGAUGAACUAAUGUAAUGCCAAAUAUCCCUUUGUUUUACUUGCAUUUGAUAAGACCAAUCAUUUGGACCAAUGGCAAUCUUAUACAUUAAAUAUUUCAAUUGAGCAGGACCUUGCAUAACCUGAAUAGUAGGUUAAUUUCAGAUUUAUUGACUAGUGCUUAGAUCUAUGAUUUUAAGCUAAAUUUACCCCACAGUUGUAAUCAUUUGUACUGGAUGUGCAAUACUAUAGCAAAAUAAAGAUGAUAGAUAUUCGUUAGGUAGUGCAGUUGAAACAAGGCCAAUUCAGUCUUUCUGAACUAGAUUUGACUCCCCCCCCCCCCCCCCUUAGUAAAAAGGAGCUCGCGUUUCAAGAAAAUUCUCUUGAACAUUAACAGUGUUGAAAGUGUUGCUCCAUACAACCUGUAGCCCUGUAUAUUUUUAAUUGAGUUGUUUGGGUACUCCUCAUCAUCCUCUCUCGUGAUUCCUUCCUUUUUUUUCCUUAAGUCUUUUAUUUCUGUAUUGGGUGUGUUUCUCCCAGUGCAUGUUGCACAACCUCAGUGAGGUACUACAAGUAGAAAUACUUCUUUUUACAAUUGGGGCUUUGAAUCCAAGGAACCCUAGUGGCAGAACCAGCCUUGUAAUCUUUUGAAAGGACUGUCUUUUUUAAAAUCUGGAUUUGUUCUUUAUUUAUAUGUAAAACCAGCAAUGACUAGGAGAUCGACUUUGCAGGAGAAUUGUACUUCCUGCCUCAAAUACUGUUGCGUUUGUACAUUAUCGUUUGGCAUUUCUUAUACCGUAGAGGAGCCACAUGCAAGAUUAAACAAAUAAUGGUGCUUAGCCUUGCAAAUUUGGCCAUUAUUGUUUACACGCUAAAGUUUUGGAAGGGUUUGAGCCUAUGUAAUAGCUGUUUUUGUUUGAUUAGUGUGCUUGAGGCAUUUAACAAAUGCAGCCAUAUUAUCAGGAUUUGAUGAACUGAGUAUAAGCUGGUCUGGCUUUUGCGCUCAAAAUGCUGAUUUAGAAACAAUGAGAUGAACUACAGUGAGACAUGUUUAAAAAGUGUAGUUUAGAAAAGACAUUAUUAAAAAUCUUACUUGGAGCUCCUUUACUAUUGAAAGUAAUAUGAACCAGCAUUUCUUUACAUUAAAUUGAGAUAAGGUGUAAAUACCAUCAAUUAGUUUUCGAGCUGUUCGGAACAAUCCAGUGAUGAAACUGGAAUGAAUCUUGUACAGAUACUGGAACCCAUUUAAAAAAAGAAAAAAAAAAAGAAGAAAAAAAAAGAAAAACAAAAAAAACCCACAUCAUGAACAUAAUUUUAGAAAAAAAACAAAAAAAACUUAUUGUCUGUCAAUUUUUAUUAAGUGCAUUAUUCGGAUCAAUGUUCUACUUACACAUAAUACCGUGCAAACUUUGUCAACAUGCAUAAAUGAAUGUAAAGACUCCCCCACCCCCCGUUUCAUCUUUGUUAAAACUUAUUUUAUAUAUAUAUAUAUAUAUAUAUAUAUAUAUAAUUUUUUUUAUUUUAUUUUAUUUUUUUUUCUUUCAGUUUAAAGGAGCAAUAAGUGGCUUUUAAUUUUGUCAAUGUGCAUAUUACUGGCUCACGUCUAGUCAUGUACCUUACUUUUACACCUAAAUAGGUAGCCUGCGUAUUUGACCCAACCACUGAAGAAAGGCACCACUCUACGUUUGGAGUCAUAGUUAUGUGUCACUUUGUAAAAUUCCAUGCUUAUAUAUGUCUUCAGGAAUCUACUUAUUGCUUCUUUAGGGUCUGAUUGUUACACUUGCAUAUGUGUUCACAUACUGUCCUGUUAUCUUUUUGAAAUGGUGAGAUAUUUUGCUUUUUUUUUCAUAUCUACCUUUCCUCAACUCUCAAACGAAAGACACAAGCUUUAGUAUACAAAUAAUACAGACCUUGUACACAGAUCUGUUAUGAUUUAGAUUUUUUUUCUGUGGAAUGAAUUGAGCAAUUAAAAGGUUUGGCUAAACA